GGGCAGGGAGCCUGGUGAGGGGAUUCCGGAGACCCAUAUUGACCCAGAGGCACAGGCUCGGCAAUCACCUUAUUCCCCGAAGGGGAGAAGGGCUUGUCACAUGGGAACGCACGCUAAUGCGGAGUGGAUGGUACACCUUGGGGAGGGAGUAGUCCAGGGAGACUUCUUGAAGGAGGCAGGGCUCAGCCUGCAGGCUGGGGCAGGACGUGAGGAUGCUGGGCACCGGGUGUGAGUGCUGUCUCUGUCACCUGGGCUGGAGAUGUGACGCAGGACUCUGGCCCUUCCUGAAGCUCGGUGGAGUGCCUGCCUCACCAGAUGACUAAGGACUUGGCAGGGCCCCGUCUAUGCUGUGAAUGGAGGUUUGAGGGACGUGGGUAAUCGGUCGCAGAUGAGGCGGGAGAGAUUGCCGAGGGCCAAGGUAUUUCUCUGAUCUCAGAAGGGGGGUGGGAAUGCCAGCCAGUGAACACGAGCAGAGGCACAAUGCUCCAAAAUGUGAAGCGUGGACUGAGGCCUGGGAUGCCAGGCACAGCCGGGGAGGGUCCAAAGCAGACGAGGUGUAAGAAGCCUCCUUCUGGAGCUGGUGAGCGGGGCUUUUAGGAGGUCAGGACACACAGGAUUCUGGAAGACCGAGGAGGACGCUCCCAGCAGAGGGAAGGGGAACAGUCUAGGCCGAGGAAAACAUGAGCCUUUGCACCCGGAGCCAGGUAUCAGUAGUGCUGAAGUUGAGAAGCUGAAGCUGGUGUAGAUAGAUGGUGCAGUUGCCCUUUACACCAGGCAUGCCCUCAGUUCACGGGUCUCCGCUCUCCCGGCUGCCUGGCUCCUUGUGAGAUCACAAGAGCAAGAAUCUCCAGGACAGUGCUGUCCCGCAGAAACAACGUGAGCCACACUAAAAAACGUGAAAAAACAAAAAAAAGCUGACACCCCAGAUGCUGCUGCUGCCGCCUCGGCCGCCGCACCCUCGGUCCUCCUCCCCAGAGGCCAUGGACCCACCGCCCCCCAAGGCUCCCCCUUUCCCCAAGACGGAAGGCCCUUCCUCCACUCCAUCCUCGGCGGCAGGGCCCCGACCCCCGCGGCUCGGCCGCCACCUGCUCAUCGACGCCAACGGGGUCCCCUACACAUACACGGUGCAGCUGGAGGAGGAGCCCCGGGGCCCGCCCCAGCGCGAGGCGGCGCCGGGAGAGCCCGGCCCGCGCAAGGGCUACAGCUGCCCGGAGUGCGCCCGUGUCUUUGCCAGCCCUCUGCGGCUGCAGAGCCACCGCGUGUCGCACUCGGACCUCAAGCCCUUCACGUGCGGCGCCUGCGGCAAAGCCUUCAAGCGCUCCAGCCACCUGUCGCGGCACCGCGCCACGCACCGCGCACGCGCGGGGCCGCCUCACACCUGCCCGCUGUGUCCGCGCCGCUUCCAGGACGCCGCCGAGCUGGCGCAGCACGUGCGUCUGCACUGAGGUCCCGACGCGGGGCCUCGCGAGCCACAGUGUCGCUCCCACACACGCUCCCUGCCUCUCUUGAGGUUACUGCCUUACCCCGGGCCUCAGUUUCUCCAUCUGUCCAAGGGGAGAAACACCAUUCCUUCCUUACCUUCCUGUCUGUCUAGCUGUGUGAUGUAGACCAAGUCGUUGCCCCUCCCUGGGCCUGGGAGCCAGUCUCGGAGCUGGGUUCCGGGCCAGCUGUGCUGUGUGAGCCUCUGCAAGUGACGCGACCUCUCUGAGGCUCGGGCUUCCCCUCCGAGGCGGUGAACGGUUUUCGGCGCGGAAGAGUUGACAAAAGAGCACGGCACGGUCUGGCUCAUUUCUGUAUCUUCCCCUUCUCACCCACAGCCCUCACCCCUUACUCAAUAAACAUUCCGCACUCCACUUUA